AUGACAAUUUCCUACUGCGGAAGUCACUAUUUAGAUAUACCAGAAAACAGAUUGUACUCUCUUGGUGAAAAUCCGACAUUGUUGCAUGCUGCGAAAGUUUGCCAUAACGUUGAUAUGGUCGAGCGGUUGAUAAACCACAGGGCUGACAUUCAUUACAGGACUAAAUCGUUCAAGAGAACUCCAUUAAUGCUGGCGAUUGAAGAGAACUCUCCAGAAAUAGUUGACCUGCUGUUGAAAAAAGGCGCCAGGAUUGAUGAACGCGACGAGAAUGGUAUAUUACCAUUAUAUUACAUUAUUUGUAAUCCAAAUAACGUCAAUUCUCGUCUGAAUGUGGAGAUAGUUAAAAGAGAUGGUUUCUCGAAGGUCCGCAUAUUAAAAUCGCUGAUGAAUGCUGGAGCUAAUAUCAAUGAAACAUCAGAAUCUGUGGGUACAAAACUGAAAUUCCUGAGGAUGGCUAUCACCUAUGGAGAAGAAUAUAUAGUAUCUUAUUUAGUAGACAGUUUUGAGUUAGAUUUCAUGCUUGUUGAUGAAGAAAUACUUCAAACAGUUAUAUUAAAUACGACCUUGCUAUCAGAAGAACAACUCGAGGAUCAAGAAUUUAUGGUUCAAUUAAAAAGAUUAUUCAUGAGAAUUGAGCGUUACUUAAUGUUCGGGUUAUUAAGAAGACAUUGGAGCGCAUUACCUGUAAGUUCAUGCUGCUAA